AACAAGGAUAUUGCUAGGAUCGCUGGAGUGGGGGCCUCCCUAAUUGUGUUGCUCACAGCCAUCCUCGUGGUGAUCGACUGCACUUGUUCUAGAAGGUCACGUGAGCAUCAGCCUGCCUCAAGCUUGUCAGCAUUGAGUCUCCAGCCUUUCACUUAUAAUGAGCUCAAGGAAGCAAGCGAUGGCUUCAGAGAGGAGCUAGGCAGGGGUGGUUCCAGUGUGGUAUACAAGGGGUUCUUGCAAACCGAGGCUCGAACUUGUGUCGCAAUCAAGAAACUCGAUAAGAUAUUUCCAGAGACACACAAGGAAUUCAUGAACGAAGUAGAAACCAUUGCCAAAACAUACCAUAAGAAUCUGGUGCGGUUGCUGGGAUUCUGCUAUGAAGGAGCCGAACGGCUUCUGGUUUACGAGUACAUGAGCAAAGGUUCAUUGAUGGGAUUCCUCUUUGCAAAUGAGAGGCCAGAGUGGAACCAAAGGAUCCCGAUCGUGCUUGGAAUCGCAAGGGGCCUCCAAUACUUGCACGAAGAGUGCUUCAGUCAAGUCAUCCAUUGUGACAUAAAGCCUCAGAACAUAUUGUUGGAUGACAAUUUCACUGCAAGGAUAUCGGAUUUUGGCUUGGCCAAGCUUCUGAGGAUAGAUCAGACUCGGACAAAGACAAAUAUUAGGGGAACCAAAGGCUACGUCGCACCCGAGUGGUUCAGGAACACAGGGAUAACAACGAAGGUUGAUGUGUACAGCUUUGGUGUGGUGCUGCUGGAGAUCAUAUGUUUCAGAAGGAAUGUGCGACCUGAAGCGCAAAACGACGAGGAGUCCAUACUGGCAUACUGGGUAAAUGAUUGCUUCAGAGAUGGUAGAUUGGACUUGGUCGUCGAGGGUGAUGACCAAGCAAUCUAUGAUAUGAAGAGGGUGGAAAGGUUCGUGAAGGUGGCCCUUUGGUGCAUCCAAGAGGAUCCUUCGCUGAGGCCAACGAUGCAGAAAGUAACUCAGAUGCUAGAUGGUUCGACGGCAGUCCCUGGACCGCCUGAUCCUUCCUCCUACAUCAGCUCGAUUCAGUGA